ACGAACAUUACAAUAGAUAACCUAGGUAGGGUUAUGUAUUCAAUAAGAUUAGCAUCUCCGAAUAUGUAUGGAUUAAAAAGUAGUGGUGACAGUGUGCAUCCUUGUGUAACUCCCUUCCUAUUGUGUUAUGAAAGAAAUUUUAUAUGAAUUUAUUUGCAAAAAUUGCUACGCCAACUUAUUUUUGAAUAAAUUAUUAUUAUGUGAAACACGUUGAUAUUUAAUGAUGGUUAAUAUCAAAUAUUAAUGUGAAAAUUCAUUUUCAAUUUUUUACCCAUUUGAAAGUUACCUCAAGUUAAUGAGGAAAAAUUUGUUGCUGUUGUCUUAACUUGCGGUAAUUUAUGUUGGGUAAAAAAUUGAAAAUUAAUUUUCACAUUAAUAUUUAAAUGAAAUAAAUGAAAACGUUUUCAACCAAUUUGGAACCGUCAAGAGUUUUGCAAUUGCUUUAACUCAACGAAUGCGUGAUAAUAAUAAAGAUAAUAGUCGGAGUAUAGGGUCUUCAUGAAUAAACUUUUCAGAACGUUUCAAAUUUGUUGAAAAAUGUACAACCCUAGGUAGAGCUUUCUAGAAGUUCUUUGAUGUAACGAAGUCUGAAAUUUCCCGUUUUAAUUCCCUAAUUUCCCAACCAGAUGCAUACUUUAAUAUUGAUCAAGCUCGUUCCAGUUUUGGCUGAUUUACGAUACUUUAAUUUCGUUCAGUUCGUAUCAGUCCAGUCGUUACUAUAACGUGAAUAACAAGAAUAUCGAUUCUCGCAGCCAUAACGGUAUAAAUAUCGCUUAGCGACGUUUUCGCUGACAUUUCUAUGACACUCUCGUUGAGGAUACUCUGAAAUCUUGUGAUUUAUUAAUUAUUAAAAGUCUCACCAUGAACGAGAUUCGGACAGAUUUUAAAUUGCGGAGAGAAUUGGACAAAAUGUGCAGAGUAGUGUUCCACUCCACUGAGUCCCUGGAAUACAGCAUAGAAGACGAAAGUUUGGACAUGAUAACGGUCAAAUUUACUACAGUGGAUGACAACUUCUUCACCCAGUCGUACUCGUCAAAAUUAACAAUCGCUAAUGUUAAAGUGAUCUUGGGUAGAGUGUUUUCCGUGCCACCGUUGAUACUCAAGAUAUUGGACAGCGACGAAAAUGACAUAUCCGAUGAGAAACCGCUCUACACCUUUGACGUAGAACUUUAUGGUAAAGUGGAAUUGUUUCUACUAUCUACAGAUCCAGACCGGAAGAUUUUAGCCGAGAAUGCGUAUAAAGAUUUGGUUCCUGUGGAUGUUAUAACUGUCAGAGUAGAAGAUCCAUGUUAUCCAGAAAAAUACAGAGAGCUUAUUGUCGAAAUUGAAGACAGGCGCAUAAAGAAACCGUUCCUUGGAGGGUUCGUCAAUACCCAAACUCAUUUAGAAUACCACAAUGGUUAUUCUCAAACUGGCCCGCCCAAACCAAAAGUGCCCCCGUGGAUGAAGAACCAUAGGGACACUCAGACCUAUUUCUACAGGAGCAGGAUGUACGAUGCCCAUUACGAAAGAGCCCAACAGAUGGCUAAUGAGAACACUUGGAUUCCAAAUGUAAACGAUAAGAUAAUGCAGGCCGGUCCAUAUGAAACCGCUGAGGAACGCGAGAAAAGAAUCGAUUUACCAGAAAAAAUUCGGAGAAUACAGAGAUAUUUUAGGGCUUGGAAAAUGAGAAAAGCACUCCGAGCUCUCUCUGAUGAAUAUAAGAAACGGAUUCGUCUGGAAAAAGAGUAUGAGGAGUUUCUGAUAAGGGAAGAUGCGGAAAGGAGAAGGCGAGAAUUAAUUGCCAAAGUGUUUCCAAGAACGAAAGAAGAUUUUCGUAUGUUGCAUGCUAUGGUUCACAGGUGGAAAUUGGCAGAAAUACGAAAAAUUUGUGAAAAUUUUUCGGGCCCAGCAAAAAUAUCUGAAUUCUACAUACUUCUCGAGAAAGAAAUCCAAUUGUUAAACACAAUUGACAAACAGAGGCAAAAGAUGAAAGAAGAUUAUGAAAUGAAAAAAGAAGAGGAAUUUUUCCUAACAAUAGGGACACCUUUGGAAUGGAAUAGCAACUACAGGAAUCUCUAUGUGCAAAUGGAUACCUUAGAAACCCAGAAAGCUCGUCAGUACCAUGAUCUGUUCCGAACACUUCGUGACCAUGAUUUGUGCAAGGAACGUCGCCUGAACGCCUUAUUCAACGUCAAAAAGCAACUACAAGACCAGGAUCAUAACUGCCAACUGUCAAACGAAAUAGUUGAACUGAUAGAUCGAUGUUGCGUAUUGAUUUCUCGAGGAUUUGAAUAUAAACAACUGGAAAUGCUCCAAAAAAGAAUUGAACAUCUCCUCAUGAAACACUUAAACCAACGUGAAUGCAACGAGGGUAUAACAAACCGCUUGGUGAGAGUUAAAGAAAAGGUGAUGCACCAGGAUUUAUUCCUCUGUCAGAGAUGCCAGAAACUGAAAAGCCACAACGAAUUCCCGAUCGAUUCCCGUACCAAACUCCUCCGUAUCUGCAACUCGUGCAUAUGGAUUGACAAGGUGCAACAACCGCCAAUCAACAUGGCCCCAUACGCCUACAUCCUGAAGUGCAUCAGAAGAGAAGAAAGAAGAAAAGGAGCUCAAUCAUCUGUGGCUUUCGUCUUAGGCAACGAAGACAUCCAGUACAUCGUGGAUCACAUAUGGCACGGACACUCAGCGCUCAGUGAAUGUGACGAUAUCCAUGCCCUUCGGCUGGCACGUUGGGAGAAAGACAAGGAAUGGUCGCCUUGGAAUUGUGUCUUAUUGACAACCGAAGAAAUUAGGAAUCACAAUCAACUGGAAAAAUUCGAGGGUGCAUACGAAUACGAGUUUAUUGAAAAGGUUCAGCAUAAGCAUUUGGACGGCAAGGUGUAUUUCAAGAAAGCAUACAAAUACGGAAAUACUGUUAAGUAUGGGGUUGAUUGGAGCAAGAUUGAGGGGCACAUUGAUUUCGUUGCUGUUAACAGUAAAGUGAGGAUACCUCCCACAUGUCAUUAAAUUUAAUGCCAUGUGAUUAAAUUGUAUGCAAAUCAGUCCAGAAACCGAAAUGUAGUAAUGAUUUCAAACAUUAAAAUCAAUUUCACCAAUAAAGUUGUAUUUGUUCUUGUUAAUCUCAGUUAUUUGGGAGUUUGUGUUUUUUUUAUAUAGAAACAGAAUAUUUUAGGUAUAGAUUGGCUGUAUUGAAGAGAUAGUCAGAGACAUAUUAGAAGUAGAAAUAGGAGUUAAGAGGA